CCGCCGCUGUGUCGGUGGCGCGCCCUGCGGAUGGAGCUGUGCUGAGGGGUCAGUGCGCCACUAGCCUUUAUUGGGUUAAAAAACGGACACGAAACUCGGGAUUUUAUCUGCGAUGAAAGCUGAACAGACGGAAAAUGGAGAAAACCCAACCAACCCGCCAAGCGAGAUGAUGAUCAACCAGCUGAUGGAGAUCACCGGCAUCCAGGAUCAACAGGUUCUCUGCAAAGCCCUCAAGGUCAGUCAGGGGGAUAUUGGACAUGCGGUCGGGCUGCUAACGAUCCAGCCUACCGAGGUCCAGAAACCCGGAGAACCGCAGGAGUCGGGAACGUCUGAGGAGACCUGGGAGGCACAGAAAGAACUUCCCAAAGAUGAGCUUCAGGCCGCCAUCGAGCUCAGCCUGCAGGAUUCCCACAGUGCACAGGAAGAAGACAGAGAGUUCCACAGGGCUCUGGAGGCCAGCGCAGAGGAGAGCGCCGCGAGGAUGAAGAGGAAGAGAUGCGACGCUCAGACUGAUGUGUGCAGUCCUGCAGACUGGAUCCGUCAGGAUGACUGGCCCGUCGGGAUUCGCAACGUGGGAAACACCUGCUGGUUCAGCGCCGUCAUCCAGUCGCUGUUCCACCUGCCCGUGUUCAGGAGGCUGGUUCUCAACUAUCACCUGUCAGAGCGACUGCUGGAGAAGUGCAAGAGCCACGCGGUGAGUGACACGGCCUCGCCGCCGCUGCCAUCGUUCACGCUGCAGCGAUGUCUGACUCUGAGUUUACGACAACAGGACAAGAGGAACAUCGCCUUCAUGCAGGAGCUGCGCUGCCUGUUCGCCCUGAUGGCGGGCUCCACCCGCCGGUUUGUGGAUCCGUCUGCGGCCGUGGAGUUGCUGCGAGACGCCUUCAGGACCAGCGAGGCCCAGCAGGACGUCAGCGAGUUCUCUCACAAACUGCUGGACUGGUUGGAGGACGCCUUCCAGCUGGCGGCCAACGGAAAAAGCGCAGAAGACAAACAAAAGAACCCCAUGGUUCAGCUUUUCUACGGCACCUUCGUGACUGAGAGGAGACAGGAGGGUAAAACCUUCUGCAACAUCGAGCAGUUCGGCCAGUACCCGCUGCAGGUCAACGGCUUCAACAACCUGGACGAGUGCCUGGAAGGCGCCAUGGUGGAGAAGGAGAUCGAGUCCCUGCAUUCAGACCACGGCGUCACCCCUGGACGUGAGAGGUGGUUCAAAACGCUCCCGCCGGUGUUGACGUUUGAGCUGUCCAGGUUUGAAUUCAACACCCAGCUCGGCCGUCCCGAGAAGAUCCACAAGAAGUUGGAGUUCCCACAAAUCGUUUAUAUGGACCGAUAUCUCCACAAAAACAUCGAGUGGACCCACGAGAGGCGGGGGGAAGUGAAGAGGCUCAAGGAGCAGCUGGCGGUCCUUCAGCAGAAACUGGAAUGUUAUAAAAACUACGGCUCCGGACCCAGCAAGUACCCUCUGCCCGACAUGCUUCAGUUCGUUCUGGAGUUUGCUACCACCAAACCCACAAGCGUUUCCCCCGCCGAGGAGCCGAGGCUCGCCACGUCCUCCCCGACUCCUGCAGGCCACGCCCCCUCCGAGGUCUCCCCCAGAGACGACAGCGAGCCGGCAGACGCGGAUACGUCUGACGUCCUGGUGUCCAGCGUUUCGAACUGCCAGCGGACGCCCAUUUACAAGCCCUUCACCCAGUGCAGACACGCCGCCGACUGGCCGCUGCACCCCGCCCCCCACAGCAUCACCGACGAAGAGCUGCACUUCGUCAAGACCUGCCUGCAGCGCUGGAGGGCCGAGGUGGAGAACGACAUCAACGAGCUAAAGGCCAGCAUCGACAAGAUCACUCAGGUCCUGGAGGGGAUGUACUCAGACAACAGUCUCUGCCAGGUCCCCUACAGGCUCCACGCCGUGCUGGUCCACGAAGGCCAGGCUUCGGCGGGUCAUUACUGGGCGUACAUCUACGACCACGGCAACCAGCGCUGGAUGAAGUACAACGACGUCAGCAUCACCGAGUCGUCGUGGGAGGAGCUGGAGCGCGACUCGUUCGGGGGGAUGACCAACGCCAGCGCCUACUGCCUCAUGUACAUCGACGACAGGCUGCAGCAUCUGAUCACAGAACACACGGACGACGAGACGGGCCAGGUCCUGCGUGGCAUGGACGCCCUGCCCCCCGUCCUCAGGCGCUUCGUCCAGGAAGACAACCGCUGGUUCCAGCAGGAGCUCAGCGAGUGGGAGGAGCAGUUCUGCCAGACCGCCACCCCCCAGGAGGAGUCCCCGCCGCCCCCAGAGGCCCCGGGCUCCGGGCCAGACGAAGACCAGCAAACGCCCGUGGAGCCGGCGCCCCAGUCCGGACCCGCCACCGAAGACGCGGAGCAGCAGGGAGACGCGUCAGAGCCGCAGUCGGACCAGCCGGAGCCAGAGAAGGAUCCGGAGUCGGACCCCAGCGAGAACCCUGAAGCAGAAAAUGCAGCGCCGCCACUCGAGAGUCCGGGCUGCCCGUCCGACGCCCCGGCCCCCGACGCCACCGACGACCCGGAGUCCGGCCCAGACACGGCCCAGAAGGAGCCGCCGAGUCAGACUCCUGAUCCAGAUCCAGAGACCAGUCCUCGGGCUCCGUCUGAAGACCUAGGGGACGAGGUGGAGGCGAUGGUGGGCCUCGGCUCUGAAGUCGACGACCAACCAGAAGCCUCCAGAGAAGCUCCUGAGCGUGAAGAAGAGGAGGGAGACGAAGAGCGGCAGCAGGAGGCUCCAGUCAGGCGGCGUCAGACGGAGAGCGAGGUCUCAGAGGUGGAUAUCCCCAAUGUGGGGAGGAUCACAGUGAGAGCCGACGCCGACGGAUACAACGAAGAGAUGAUGCUCACGCCGGCCAUGCAGGGGGUCAUCCUCGCCAUCGCCAAGGCCAGACAGACUUUUGACAAGGAAGGACCGGAGGCCGGCCUCAUCAAGGCCUUCCACGAGGAGUACGCCCGCCUGCACGAGCUCUCCCAGGAGGAGACCACGCUUCAGGAGGACCCGCGGCUGCAGCACUCGCUCGUCUACUUCUUCCAGAACAACGCCUCCAAACGCGUCAUCGAGAGGACGCUGCUGGAGCAGUUUACAGACCGCAACCUCAGCUUUGACGAGAGGGCCAUCAGCAUCAUGAGAGAGGCCCGAACAAAGCUUCGUCUCAUCAAACCUGAAGACAUGGACAUGGACGAAUACCUGGAGUGGCACGACGACUACCGGCUGUUCAGGACCGUGUUUGUCCACCUGCUGACCGGACUGGAGAACGUCCAGAACAACAAGAUGCGGGAGGCGUUGACCUACUUGGCUCAUGCAUACGAAACCAACGCCACCCUGCUGAGGAAGGGAGACAAACGUGGCGUGGACCCGUCUAACAUUGCACUUUACAGGAGGAAGUGUCUCACGGAGUUGAAUGAAAGCGCGUCACGCCUGUUCUGCAGCGGGGAAGAAAGCAAAGUGGAGGAGGGCGUCGCCAUCAUGGACGAGGCCAUCAUUCCCUGCCUCCACCUGAUGAGCCGGGACUUGGCUUUGUCCCAGGAAGACCGGGACGCCAUGGAGAGCAUCCGCAACCACUGGUGCUGCUGUCUGGGACAGGACAUGGACGACUCGUUGCAGGUGAAGCUGGGGGAGUUUCUGCCCAGGGUUCUGGACGGCGCUGCUGAGACAAUAGUCCUGAAAGACCCACCCAAAGUCCACGUCAGCCAAUCCCACGACCUGUGCAGCCGCCUCGCCGCUGUAAUGCAGUCCAUUCACAACACGACCGUCGUGAUCGUGAAGUAACGCCCCGUAGAGCCGACAGAGUCUGUAGUUGUUGUUUUUUUAAUGCUGGUUUGUCGCCGCACACGUGUUUAAAUGUGAUGUUUUACCCUCAUGGGCAGAUGGGGGGAUCGGGCAGGGCUGUCGCAGCGGAAACAGAUGCUCAUUCCAGCAGCAUUGAGACACUUUUGAACAUAAAAAAAAUCUCCAUUUAUAUUGUAAAUAUUCCUUUGAAGCAUGUUCAUGUCUGCCCACUCACGUCUACAAAAAUAAUCCACUGCAGAAGUGAUAAACAUCAUCCUGCGUCUACAUUUUUUAUCCAUUCAACUGAAUUCACAUCAGCAUGAACUCGGUAGAGGAACCUUGAAGCCAUAGACAUAUAUAACAGCCUCACUUUGGUUGGGAACGCCGUUGCAUUGUGGCGGCCAAAGACGAUUCAUUAACCAGUUAACUGUUGUCAACCAAAGGUGGAGUCACUUGUAGUAGACAGAGCUUUUGAAUGGUUGCUUGUCUUGUUGGCGGUCAGUUUAGAAACACCUGAGCAGGUAACGGUUCACAAAUCUCUUCAGUCAAAUGUGUAAUUUACAAAAGGAUGGAUGAAGAACUUCCACACCUUCAAGUUGUAAACUCUUCCGACACGAUAACUCGAACAAAAACACGGGGGGUCAAAUGUGUUCAACGUCAUAACCCAACAAGCUCAUGAACUUGCAAAGUCUUGAUAAAUCAGAAGUAAAAACAGAUGCGCCUCAGUUCUUUUCAUCAAGUAAAAGUAAGGUUGAUAAAUUGAACUGAAGAGUAAAACUGAACUUAAGAGCAGUAACAAACAGAACUGGGGCCUCAUUUAUAAAGCUCGCUUGCGCACAAAACAGGGCUUGAAAGAUGCGCAAGCCACCUUCUACGCAAAGGUUGGGAUUUAAAAAGAAAAAACUAACCGAAAAAAGCGCGGGUGUAAGCCUAAAUUAUGGUUCCGCGUUAAAAUGACGCAGAGCCUACGCCGUAGGGUUACGCCGUAGGUUACGCGGCAACGCGCACUGUACGGUGCGCGGGCCGCGUAACCUACGGCAUAUGCUCUGCGUUGAUUUAACGCGGAACCAUAAAUCAGCCUUGAGCAGCACUGAGGGGAGAGGGAAGGGAGGAGGGGGAGCGGGGCUGCCCUGCCGUUUUCGCAUCGUCUUCGCACAGGGUGUCUUGAUGAUUUGCAAUUACAGGCUGAGCCUACCGUUAGUUUUUAAACUGUAAAAAGUGGGGCGGACAAAAACAUGAUUUUGAAAAGUUGGGGGGACAUGUCCCCCCUGUCCCCAGUGGAAAUUGCGCCCUUGGUGGCACUCACGUUUAGCGCAGCAACGACGUGCCACUCACUCUCUUUAUUUUAUACUAUUUAUAUACUAUUUAUACUUUUACUGUGACAACCAAAUAAUGUUGUUUUUCUGGCCUCCACCUCAUCCACAACAUCUCAAUCUCAGUCUCCGUGAAAUUUAGUGGCAUGGUGGCUCAACACGUCUCAUUCAUCCUGACGUGCAGCAGAAACAGGCUGCAGGAAGCCGCUGCGCAUGCUCAGCAGGCUCAUUCAUAUGCAAAUACUACUUUGCAUUGCCCAUUUAUGGUAAAAUGUGGGCGUGUAGAGGGGGGGAUAUGAUGCGAAUUCACCUGCGCAACCUUCCAGCUGGACUGUGAUUUAUAAAGCGAACAUUGCGUGCAAGUGUGCGUGCACAGGGUUUUAUAAAUCCAGAUUUUUUUUGCGCCCGCCAUUUUCGGCUUUUGGCUUUACGUGCACUUUUAGUAUGAAUCCUCCGCACUCUUUUAUAAAUGAGGCCCCUGGUCAAGAGAAACCUGGAGUAAACAAGUUCAACGGACUUAAGUUUACUUUCAGCUAGAGGGAAAGUGCUGAGAGGUAACUCGUGGUCUGUUUUUUGCACACUUUCAUCUUCUAGCCAGAAGAACGUGUUGCUACCUUCUGCCACUGUUGAGCAGAACCAACCACAUAGCUACCAACAUGGCCGAUUUCCCAAGAUAUCAGAGCUGUUCUGUCUUGAAAACGAUUGUAAUUUAGAGUUACGUGAAUCUGUAGAAACAGUACUUAUUAAAAAAGUAAAGUGAGAAACAGAAACUUUGACCAUUCGUGGCUCAGCAGCUCCCCCUGCUGGCACGGAGGUUACGGAGCUUUUAUACGAUAAUCUAUUUGAACACGUAAGAGCAACAACUGUAAAGUUUUAUGAUUAAACAUUUAAGAGAAAAGUGUAAAACGCGUAGAAAAAUACAUAAAUUGAUUCCAUUUUUCAAAAAAGGCUUCAUGUAUCAGAGUGUAUCUACUCUGAUACAUGUGGAUUUGAUUAUCAACUCGAGCCCAGCGUGAUCGGGAGAGAAAGCGAAACUCACGGAGACGACCGAAGAAGGUUUUAGUUUAGAACAACGACAACAACGGACGGGGAAGUCACAGCACCACAGCAUCACAGCUAGCUGCAGUGCAGCCAACGCAAAUAGAUAAAUGAAUCUGCAAAUAAAUAUGAAGCCUGAAUGUUUUUUUUCUACCGUCAGAAUCGGCAGGAGUGCUGCGAAAUCUGAAAAAAAAAACAAAAGAAACACUUUGGGUUCAAAAUCACGUAUUUUUGUACUUUUACUACUAUUAACUGUGUGUGUUCAUACUCAUCGUCGGUCGUUUAUGUUUUGGCUUAAAAACUUCCAGUUUCCGAUCAGGACGCUAACGUCCCUCGAACGCCCCUCGACUAAAUUUACUUCACAAAACCUGGAACCAAACGACAGUGCCAAGCGAGUUGCUUGGCAUGCUUGAAGACUAGUUUCAAUAGGAGACGUUGCGCUCUGACACCCAUCCAGACGUCAGUCCAAGCAAAGUUUGAAAGAACCCUGCCAUUGUUUAUGUAAUAAUUGCUCGGGGGUCAUGUUCUGGGUCUCUGGAGCAUCUAGAGACAACUUUUGUUGUAUUAGAUGCUAUAUAAAUUGAAUUGAAUUGAAAAGGAAGUCUGAUGAUUGACGAAAUGGACAAAAUGAAAACUUUUUUAGCACAAGGAGUAAACCACAGAGACGACUUACAGAAAACUAGCCACCAGUAAGAUGUUACUUACUUGAGCAGCAAGAAAACGUCCGUUCAGCAUCCGUUGGAUCCAGCUCCUGGUGAUCAGUAGAGGAACUGCAAGUUUUUUUACUUCCUUGUUGGCUUCAACCUGGAACGCUGGUGUUUUUGACACAUUUGUCAAAGCAUAUUUCUUUUAAUGUGGCGUACUAAUGGUAACCGCUAGGCUUUGCAUACCGUGUACUACACUGUGUAGUAUGGACUACGAUGUUUGGGUAAUGACCCAUCGUCAGGUCCCGAUGCAUGUUCAUGCGAGAAUGAUCCGCGUUUGAAAAAAAAAAAAAAAGGGAAACAGUAUUGUGCAGACGUGUUUUUGUCGUGAGUCUCGUUAGUGAUGACAUCACGUUUAUUGUGUUAAUCAGUGUGAAUGAACGAAUGGGCCUCGUUUUUACACAACCUGAAAAAACACUUUUUACUGCACAGAAGAGAAAAGAGAAAUAUCUUUUAUAUUUCAUUUUAUUUUCCCAGAACAUAUUUUAACCUAGAAUGAAAAGAUAUUAGGCUUCUGUACAACUUUUUAAAAUAGAGAUCUGAGUAACUUCAAACUGGUGAUGUCUUUUCUCUCUGUAACCCAAGUGCCUCCGUUUGGGAUUUCCCGCCAUUUUUAAGUCAGUUUUCUACAGAUCAUGACGGUAUUUUAAAGUGACAGCAGAAGUCGGAUGGUUCAGCAUCACGACUGACCCGGAUGACUCAGAUCUUCAGCGGCUCAAACAGUCGCUCCCGGCUGCUCAUCUCACUUGUUUUUUCACUUGUACUUUAUGAUGAUUCUCAAUAAACAUUUAAAAUUA